AUGGGAUGUUUUAAUAUUCAUUGUAAUCAAAAAUUUCAAGAUAAUUUUAUUAAUAAUUCUAAACUUGUAAGUCUGAAGGUUCUGAUAAUUGACCCAAUCGCGAACUUGCAAGAAAAUGGGAAAAAUAAUAGGACUAUCAACAGUGGGACUAUCAAUGGUGAGACUGUCAACGAUGGGAUUAUUGUUGCUGGAACUAGGCGCAAUCAGGAUGACCAUAUUAAGCGAAAUCUGCCUAUAAAACGAGCAAAAAUUGAUAAAUACUUUCGUCCUGUGUGCGAAACUCAACAAAGACAGCGGAAAAAUAAUGAGGAAUCGGUUGACCAGCCAGAUGGAUAUACCACGCUAUCGCCACAGAGCCUAACAUUAAAAAGUUCAACAAUAGAUCUUCCAAUACUUGAUCCUGUUAACAAUCCGUUCUUAGAGGAAGAUAGUGUCAUCAUAUCAAUUGAUGACAUCCUGAGUGAACUUUCUUUUGAACACAGAGAUUCAAUUAAUGAUUUCUUUUUACAAGAAGCUAAUUUAUCUUGGUUAUUCUGUAAUUAUCAAAACAAGUCAUUAGAGAUUGUAAGGACUAAUGGCUUGUUUGUAGAGUCCAAUGUACAUGAAAUUUUAUCUCUAUUCUCAAUCUUGAUGCUGACUCAGGAUUCACAUUCAAAUAUCAUGAUUAAUCUUUUUGGAACACCUUUACUCGACAAAAUCCAUGAAGAAUUUAUGCUGAAAUAA